CGCAAAACACACACUCAUACUGCAAUGCACGGUCACUCGCUGUGACGCCAGUCAGUCAGUCGCCUAUCUGUCUGUACACCCGUCUUAAAACCGACACGUCUACUUCACAUAUUCUGUACACAAGACACAGAAAUACACCCCACCGAGGGAUCGUCACCACUUGCCCGAGCCGAUCUUGAGCUCCUUCGCCCUUGCCGGCUCCACCGCCCCCCUCUUGACGCCGCCCCUGCCCCCCUCCCUCAUGUCUUUCUCCAUCUGCCUCAGCCUCAGAAUGGUCAUGAUGUCGUCCUCACCAUACAUGUCGGUCGAGUCCACUGUCGACCGGUACUCGCCCGGCAUGAACAUGUAGUGGCCGUGGGUGCGCUCGUUGACGGUGCCGGGCUUGUAGAUGGACGUCAGCCACAGGCAGAUGGGCCGGUAGGUGUCGGCGUCGGCGUGCACCAGGCUCAGCUCCCCGGGGGCUGCCGCGAUGCGCGUGAGGUUGGUGUCGAAAGAGGGGGAGCCGUACACAUCCUGAAUACAAGCAAACAAGGUGAACAGAACCAAACAGGGGAUCUGCAGAUCCUCAUUCGUGUGUGUGUGUGUGUGGUCAUUGCCCUCUCUGACCUGUCUGUUUCUGUCGAUGCGUUCGAGUGCCUUGAGGUAUGGGAUGAUAGGCUCGGGCGGCGUCAAGCCACGAACAGCGAGGCGGUCCUCGCAUUCGGCCAUGUAUCUGAAGAUGAGGUCAUCCCGGAUGAGCAGCUCCCGCCCCAGCCAGUGCCGCAUCGGAUCAAGCCCCGUCUCUUGCUGUCGGCUCAGCAACUCCUGAAGGGACACAUGGCGAUAUCAACAGCACAGCCCACCUAUACACCCACCCUCCCCUGGCCAUUUUCUCACUGUGUGUACCUUCCAUGCCAGUCGUGGUGAGACGCAUCCGAGCCCCAGCCAUCGUGCGAUCUUCCACGCACUGUCGCCCAUGUUGAACACCGGGUGGCUGCGGCGGUCCGUGGGGUCCACAGACUCACCCACCCACACAUAAUGCUCCAGCAGACGCAGCCCACCGCUCUCACCACCUGCACACACAACACAAUCCCAUCACAUGGCACGACACAUCCCCCAUCGAGAUCUGCCUCGUUUCGCACACUUACCAGGUUUCAUGGGCUCUGCGGGCGUCUCAGCCAUAACGACGUUCUCGAUGGGCGGCCCCUCAUACCUCUCCUCCACACCCCAUGGCAGCGUGUCGGUGGUUGGGAAGUACUCGUAGGAGCCGCCCAGAGCGUCCCAUACGAAGGGCUCCAGCCUGGGCACGCGCCCAAUGGCGCCCUUGUCUAUUGGGGGGAGGGGCUCGGGGGGAGUCAGGCCCUUCCGCCGCACCCCAUUGUUGAGCGCACGGACAUUCUGGGGGGAAGAGGGAGGGGCAGAUAUCGACUCAUGUGUGAUGUGACUGCUUGUUUGUGGUUCGUGUCGUCGUCUUCUGCUUACGGUGAAUGGCUGGCCAACUCGUCGGUAGAGGUCGGCCACUUCCUCGAUCGGAUACAGACUCCUGUCCCACCGCAAUUGAAGCUGACACACGCGCAGACACACACAGACACAGACACACGCAGAGCAUUCGAACACGCUGCCCUGUCUGGUACCAAUUCCCUCUCCCCUCUCUCACUUCAUUCAGCUCACCGGUGGCCUUGUCGGCAAGCGCCUCAGUUCGUUGGCCAGUUUGUCCUCAAACACAUUUUCGUCCUCAAACACGCCCUUGGUCGACAACACCGCACCGGCCAACGACGGUCCUGGCCAGACGCCCGGGUCCGUCUCUGAUGAUGGACGGACCGACGACAAACACAAACAGCACAUAGGCAGGCACCUCACGGCCAAUCGAGUGUGGUCGCUGACCGUGUCGUGUGUUGAAGAGGUGUGGUAUGAAUCUGUGUGGGUCCGAGAUGACGAUGAGCAGGUCACUGCCCAGCUCACGCAGCCUGUUCUUCAGCUCUGUCAGGGCCUCUAUCAGAAAACGACCACGAGCCAGCAGCCGGGGAUUCUCCUCCCUAAACACACAGACAGACAGACAGACAGACAGACAGACAGGCAGACAGACAGACAGACAGACAGAUGGCGAGAGAAUGGGAGAAUGGCGCGUGUGUUGUCUGGCGUGGGUGGCUGGCUGGCUGACCAUGGUGCCGGUUCGAGGUCCUGUUGUGUGAUGCAGUAGAUGGGUAGCACCUCCACCUUAUCCUCGCCCUGCUGCUGUAACAGAUCGGCCGCAGCUGUCAACAGUGGAUUAUCGUGCACCCUGCGCACACACGAGAGAAGAUUCUGAUGCCAGAUCUGACCGUGGACAAUGAUGCCUAUCUGCCUCUGCCACCUGAGGUCAUUUCGAAACCACACGACGAUGCGGUUCUUCGGCUUAACUGCACACACACGGAGAGGACACACGAAGCACACCGAACACACCUGAGAUGUGCUCACAUACUCCCAUUGGCCGCAUUGCUUACAUAUGGGCCUCUCCGGCUGUAUAUCAUCCCGCUCAUCGGCUGCUGACGCCGUGUCUGUGAUAAGGGAAUAGUCCAGCUCCCCUCGUGCGCUGCUGUGACGCUGAAUGCCGGCAUAUGCCUCUCGCAGCCUCAACCAUCGCGGCAGGUGCACAGAUUGGAACGCUUCGCUGCCGAGCGAGGCCGUGACGAGGCCAGUCACGGGCGCGAUGAGUCCAAAGAGCUGCAUUUUGGCAGAUCUGCC